AUGUCGCAGGAGCGCACGCAUCAACCGCGCAUUGGAUUUCAAGUGUACGACUGGGACCGGUGGGCCAAGGACGACUUUGUGGGCGGUGCCACGAUAUCUCUCCAAGACGUUACUAUAAUCGCCUCGAGCGACUACACGGCAGGGUACGCAGUGCCGAAACCAACCUGGUACAACUUGUCCUAUGAAGAAGGCAAGGGGGGCGAAGGCCAACUCCUCGUGUCGUGCACGCUCGUGGCCAAGGACUUUCCCGACCAAGUGAUCGACCCGCCGACGUCGAUCAAGCCGAAAAUGCAAGAAAAGUUCCUCGAAAUCAUCUGUCUUGGCCUGCGCGACCUCAGCCCCAUUGGGUUUAUGCCGCUGCACAUGCCGUUUUUGCAAUUUGACAUUGGCGAAGUGAGCUCGUCCAACCGACCAAAAAAGACGGGCGGGAGCUCCAAGCCCACGCCCGCCAACCCCAACUUCCUCGAGCGCAUUCUGAUUCCAAUCCAGUUGCCAGAAGACGCCCAGUUUGCCCCUCGGUUGAACUUGAGUGUAUUUGACACACUUCUUGGGGGGUUUCACAAGCCCCUCCUUGGCACGUGCUCCAUCGACUUGACCACCAAGUUGCCGUUCUCGAACGGGGUUGAGAAUCCCGUUUAUGUCGCGCCAGGGCUAAUCUGA